AAGUCAGUCGCGAGCGGUCGACAUCGGCUGACAGCUUGCGGACCAGCACGAGCAGUGUAUUUUCAUCAAGUGUCCUCCGCUCCGCGCCUCCCUGUGUCCGCCGUGUCUACGUGUUGUGCGCGCAGUCAAUUUCGCCAACCGAGAAUUCGCAUCUUAUGGCCACAGGCCGGUGUGAUUGAACCAUCCGCAAGCCGAAAUCGAUUCGCGCCGUUCGCGAUUCUACAAUCAAUUCGAGAUGUAUCUUCUGCGAACAUUCGUCGCAGUGAUCGCCCUUCUCGGCGCUUUCGCCGAUGAACACGACCAUUUAUAUGAGGAUAAAGAUGAGGUAGUUCUGUGGAUGAAUACAGUUGGGCCCUACCACAACAGGCAGGAGACUUAUGCCUAUUUCUCAUUGCCAUUCUGUGCUGGCAAUAAGAAUGCAAUUAAUCAUUACCAUGAAACCAUGAGUGAAGCAUUGCAGGGUGUAGAGCUGGAAAUCAGUGGGAUUGAUAUUGAAUUCAAAGUUGAUGUCCACAAAGCAAUCUACUGCGGCGUUCAAUUAGACGCUGAAAAAUACAAAGCUUUUGUCUAUGCUGUCAAAAACCACUACUGGUAUCAAAUGUAUAUUGAUGAUCUGCCAAUCUGGGGCAUUGUUGGCGAAGUAACUGAUUCUAAUUACUACAUCUGGACACACAAGAAGUUUGAAAUCGGUUAUAAUGGUAAACAGAUAGUCGAUGUCAACAUCACAUCGGAAGACAAAGUUCUCCUCACGCCGAACACGAAACUUUCCUUCACUUAUGAAGUCAUCUGGAAGAAGAAUAACAUCAAGUUCGAGGAUCGUUUCGAUAAAUAUCUUGAUCCCUCUUUCUUCCAGCACCGCAUCCAUUGGUUCAGCAUCUUUAACAGCUUCAUGAUGGUCAUUUUCUUAGUUGGUUUGGUGUCCAUGAUCCUGAUGAGGACACUGCGUAAAGAUUACGCUAGAUAUUCCAAAGACGACGACGUAGACGACAUGGAAAGAGAUUUGGGUGACGAAUACGGAUGGAAGCAAGUGCAUGGUGAUGUGUUUAGACCCGCAUCGCACUCAUUGCUUUUUAGUGCUUUGAUUGGUUCCGGUCAUCAAUUGACUACUGUCGUCUUCAGCGUCAUCACAUUUGCGAUUUUGGGCGAGCUGUACACCGAACGCGGAUCUCUCUUGUCAACGUCGAUUUUCGUCUAUGCUGUGACCUCACCAGUGAAUGGAUACUUUGGUGGGUCGUUAUAUGCCCGAAUGGGUGGUAAAUUAUGGAUUAGACAGAUGUUAGUAUCGGCUUUUCUCAUGCCCGCUUUGGUGUGUGGCACCGCGUUUCUGAUUAAUUUCAUUGCGAUCUACUAUCAUGCGUCGCGUGCGAUUCCCUUUGGAACGAUGGUGGCAGUUACGUGUAUCUGCCUAUUUGUUAUCCUGCCGCUCACGCUUGUGGGCACCGUCCUCGGGCGCAAUCUCGCCGGCCAGCCGGAUCAUCCGUGUCGUGUGAACGCCGUGCCACGUCCCAUACCCGAGAAGAAAUGGUUUAUGGAACCGGGUGUUAUUAUUAUGCUCGGUGGGGUGCUACCUUUUGCGUCGAUUUUCAUCGAAAUGUACUUUAUUUUCACGUCCUUCUGGGCGUACAAAAUUUACUACGUGUAUGGCUUCAUGCUGCUCGUCUAUAUUAUCCUGCUGAUUGUCGUCGUUUGUGUGACGAUAGUCUGCGCGUACUUCUUGCUCAAUGCGGAAGAUUACCGCUGGCAGUGGACGUCGUUUCUCUGCGCGGCCUCGACGGCACUCUACGUCUACUUCUACGCCGUGUACUAUUUCUUCUUCAAGACUAAGAUGUACGGUCUCUUCCAGACCGCGUUCUACUUUGGCUACAUGGCGCUGUUUAGUGCUGGCAUGGCUGUGAUGUGCGGCACUGUUGGUUAUGCGGGCACGUCGCUCUUUGUGCGAAAGAUCUACUCGACUGUGAAGAUCGAUUAGAGAGCGUUUAUACGAAAUUCCAUUCAAUUGAUGGUCGAAAUCACAGAGGUACAUGUGUAAAUAAUUUAUUACGGUGCGAUUUGCGUGUGCAUUCAAUUCAAAACAGCCAUAACAUACGAAAUUCCGAGCGCUCAGAAAUGGGAAACAAUGGAUUCAGAUUUACAACCAUUUAACUUAAUUAUUUAAAUCGCGGAUUGGUUCCGACGUGCGAACUAAUUAAUAUUAGUGAAACUAUUGUAAAUACGAAAUAGAGUUUGAUUAUUUUAUCCCCCUUUUUUUUUGCAAAUGUAACAGCAAAUUGCUAUCAUUUCGAUGCGGGGUCAGUAUAUUUGUUAAAUUCUGUUUUAUUAGAACUACACACGGUAUAAAAUUAGGCGAGUGUUAUUAAAAUAUAUAAAGAAACUGACACGAUUCAUAGUUUACACAUUGACAUUGAAAUUUCGAAUGAAGGCGUCGUACCUUUUAAGAGACAGUCCAAAUAACUACAAUUUUUAAGACGAUACAAGAUGCUGGAUGUUUGAAGCGGAGACACUUUUGCAAAGUCACGCUGCGUUUGCAGUUGUUUCUUAGUAUUACACAUUAUUGUCGCAAUUGUGCAUCAUCGUAGGUAAAUUGGCAAUGUUGUGCAUUGUCGAAACAACAACUCGCAAGUUGUGUGUCACCUUUGAUUAACAGGACAUGAAGAAUCAUCCUUGGGCAUCAAAAUAAUAUAAGAAAACAAGAAAACAUUUCCAAAGUAUGAACAUUGUGAAUGUGCUAUAAUAAUAUAAAAUCUUGUAAGAUAUGA